CUACCUUCUGCAUCCCCUUUGUGUUUCUCUGAAGGCUCCAGGAAGAUGGAGCACAAGGGGAACAGCUGGCACGAGACCUGCUUCACCUGCCAGAGAUGCCAACAGCCCAUCGGCACCAAGAGCUUCAUCCCUAAGGACAACCAUAACUUCUGUGUGCCCUGCUAUGAGAAGCAGUUUGCCAUGCAGUGUGUGCACUGCAAGAAGCCCAUCACCACCGGCGGGGUGACCUACCGUGAGCAGCCCUGGCACAAGGACUGCUUCCUGUGCACCAGCUGCAAGCAGCAGCUGUCUGGCCAGAGGUUUACCUCUAGAGAUGACUUCGCCUACUGUCUCAACUGCUUCUGCAACCUUUAUGCUAAGAAGUGCGCCUCCUGCACCACCCCAAUCAGCGGGCUCGGAGGCAGCAAGUACAUUUCUUUCGAGGAGCGCCAGUGGCACAACGACUGCUUCAACUGUAAGAAGUGCUCCGUGUCCCUGGUUGGCCGUGGCUUCCUCACCGAACGUGAUGACAUCCUGUGCCCAGAGUGCGGCAAGGACAUCUAAUUCAGUCCGAGGGACGACAGAUACACCAGAUUGGAAGACGGCGUCAUGAUACAGGAAUGACAAAGACACAAUAAAUACUAUCGAAGCACAGAGCAUAGCAUCCAUAGCAUCUUUACAGCCUAGCAUUACUACGAUUGUACAUUGUUGUACACCAUGAAUUACAAACUACUAAGUGUUAUGUGAAUUUAGAAAGUUUAAGUUAAAUGCUCACUCUUUGAGAAAAAGUUAUUAGUAAUAAAAUAACUGCUAAUGUAAAGAUCUUUGCUUAUGAAACAGCGACAUGUUUGCAGAUACACUGUAUGAAGCAUUAUGAAAUAAAUCUACAAUAUUAAUGUAGACGAUCUGCUUUGAAGUGUAAUAAUAAUUACUGCUUUGUGCAUGGACUAGCUUGAUGCAAUAAUCAGUAGAAGGUUUGUGAAUGAGUUCUGCUAUUACCAAUUAAAUAAAUAAAACAUAUGACUUUGCUCUGAUGAUUGCUAA